GUUUAAUGCCUUGUACAAACGAACAUCAACACAGCCAUCAGUUCAAUACCAAAAAUAAUACCCAUUACAAACCCAGAAAUUUGAACAUUAUAAACCCAGAAAGUUUAAUACCAUGUACAAUCCAUACUCGAUACCAACUAACCUAUAAAUUUAAAGAAGAAAAUACCAUUAAUGUCUAAUCAAUACCCAAAAUUUUUAAGAGCAAUACUCAGAAUAACACCAAUAAAACCACUCAAAUACCCAAAAUUUUGACUACGAAAUUAGCUAAACAGUAAACAAAAACAAAGGAAAACAAAAAAGAAAAAUUAACCAAAGAACGAAUGAAAAGAAGAAAAAAUGCCAGAUUCUUACUGGGUUUCUCCAAAUCCCUCUGCUGCCUUCGACGACCACUACAACUCAGUCUUCGCCAUUAUUAUUGCUACUAAAAAUAAAUAUUGGGUCUAUGUCGCGUACAAAAUCCAAACUUUGAGUAAUUUUGCCACAAUUAUCCCUUUAUUUAUUAAACAAAACAAACAAUAAAAAAAAAAAAAGCUCGUUUAAGGGAAGAGUACCCGGGAAUACUCUACCAUUUCCCUCCAUUAUAUCACUUAAAAUAUCGAAAUAGCGAGUUCCCGCCAACGCCGAAGAAAAUAAAAUGGAAAAAGAAAAGAAAAAGGGUUCAGAAUCAGAUCGACCACACUUCUCUCCUUCUCAACCUCUUUCUCUCUCUACUCAACUCACUGUGUUCCCAGACUCUUCAAUGGAGUUCCCGAAUCCUCAUUCACUUUUCCAAGACGUUAGAUUGAGGGAGCUCAGCGGAUUCAGAGUUCGAAAGCGACCGCAUAUUAGUGAUGCCGCCUCAUGUUUCAAAGAAAUCGGUGCUGUAGCUGUAGAACACGGUGGCGAUGUGACUCCACCCUUGGCUGUUUCCUUCUGCAAGAGUAGUAUGAGUUCCCACAUUCUUGCAGUGUCCGAUGAGGAUGGGUAUGUGAGCUUGUUUGAUACUCGUCGUCAUUUAUCUUCUUCUUCUCAUCAAGAAAAUGCAGAAAAAUCGAGGAUUUGCGAAUGGGCUGCACACCAAAAUGCUGUCUUUGACGUAUGCUGGGUUAAGGGAGGUACUCAAAUUUUGACAGCUUCUGGUGAUCAAACGAUGAAGGUCUGGGAUGUUCAAGAAAAAAAAUGUACUGCUGUGCUGUUGGGGCACACCGGAAGUGUGAAAUCUAUGUCUCCACAUCCAACCAAUUCUGAGAUUAUUGCCUCUGGCUCAAGAGAUGGCUCCUUCUCUCUUUGGGAUAUGAGAUGUGAUGCUAAAUCUCUAAGCAGGCGUGAGGAAAGGUGUAUCAGCUCAACUGCGUCGGUCAAUGGUGCUCAUCUGUCCUCUCAAGCAAAGCGUGUCAGGCGUCGCAAGACAGGUUCAAUGAGCAUCACGUCAGUUCUUUAUCUCAAAGAUGGGGUUUCUGUUGCCACAGCUGGAGCCGUGGACAGCAUUGUGAAAUUUUGGGAUACCAGAAAUUUGAAAAAUGCAGUCACACAGACAUGCCCUCCUCUCGAUUCAAUUGAGAAGGUGAAGAGAUUACAUGGCAUAUCUAGCUUGUCCCAGGAUUUGAAUGGAGUGUAUAUUUCAGCCUCGUGUAUGGAUAAUAGAAUCUAUCUUUAUAAUGUUCUUCAGCUUGAAAAGGGUCCUGAGAAAUCUUUUUCUGGAUGUAGAAUUGAAACAUUUUUUGUGAAGUCAUCCAUCAGCCCUGAUGCUGCUAGCAUACUCAGCGGUUCUAGUGAUGGAAAUGCUUAUAUGUGGAAGGUGAACAAGCCGCAAGAAGAUCCUAUCAAAUUGAGCCACGACAGCGAAGUUACUGCAGUUGAUUGGUGUCCUAGUGAGGAUGGAAAGAUUGCAACUUCUUCUGAUGAUUUUACGGUUCGCAUUUGGGACUCCCAAAACAUUUGCUGCCCAAGCACAAGUUCCGCAUCUGCAAUUCGAAGGAGAGUAAUGGCAAUCCCAGGAGCAGAAGGUAGAAAGCUACUAAUGAAUAACCAGAUGCAUCCCACUAAGGAUUCUAAAAGACAAUAUCCAGAUGAUGUAUCAGAUGAAGAUGACUCAAUGAAUCCAAUUUCAAUGCCUAAACUCAGUACACCUGAAGCCCAGAAGAGAAGGUUGUCAUCAGAUUCUGAUUUAAAUGAAGUGUUUGAGAAGACCCCUGACACUGCAACGAAGAGCCCAUCUUCUGUUUUGAAUCCUCCCUCUUCCCUAAAAAGAAAAACAAUCCGUGAUUACUUUCUAGCACCUAUGUAAAAAGUCUGGCUCAUUCUUUUGGUGUGUUACUGUUUCUUACAUAGACAGCUGCCAGUACUGUUUCAGAAGCUAGCCGUUCCAAUAAUUUUUUGAUUAUUUAUAGUGA